CUUGUUGUACGGCGGAUAUUGAUGUGUUCGCAGCGGCUUCCACUGGCGCUGUGUAUAGUUGGUAGUGGUAGUGCCGGAACUGCGGAGUACCUGCGUGAUACCCCUAACCAUCAACAGAGCGGGCGUGUGUUGCGAUUAGCUGCUGUGUGUUGGGCCUUUGUAUACCUGUGUAUAUGUAUCCUGUGAUCAACUAUAAUCCUACUUGUGAAAUUUGAAUUUGAAUACGUCAUAUAAUACAUUAUCAGAAGCAAGGAAAGCCAACUGUCCCGCGAGUCUGUUCAUCCUGUGAUUUUUCCUGUUUUCACGUUUCACUUUUUUGUGUUAACCAAACCUUCGUGUUAUACAUUGAUACUGAGGGGGAAACCAGUUGAUCGCAACGCUGGAUAGGAUUGUCCCCGAGAUAAACAUUGAAGAGAGGGAGUAUUUAACGCCCGAUAUGACACAGGACGCCAUGGAGGAGGAGUAUAAUUCUCAAAAGACUCGCAGGCCCAGCAUGGCGUCUAGUGGCAAUAGCUCCGCCAGCCUUCACUCCAGGGACUCCACCCCAGCCCCUGGCCACAGAGGCAGUCACCUGGGAGCAGGAUCCGCUCCACAUUCAAGAUCCUGUUCGUUCCGAACCAAACAAAGACCACCCAGUAAAGACCUGGAGGUCCAGCCAGCGCCGGUCCGGAGGAACAGCAUGCCCCUGGUCAAGCCGACCCUUCUGGAGGUGCCGGACCGGGAGGCGGGGGACCAGAGUCCCGGGAAAGGGAACAAGUUAACACGAGUUCGAUCGUUUAAAACUACUUCUAAAGGGGUGAUCAACCGGGGGGACUCCUUCAAGAAGAAGAGCACCCACAGUUUGAUGUCCACGGGGGCCGUUGGAGACGGGAACAGGAGCAGGGCUCCCAGUGGGGGCAGGGGACAGGAAACACAAGGUGGUAACCCUGGCGGAUAUUAUAAAGUUAUCACCCUUGGUGGAACAGGUGUUGGGAAAUCUACUCUUUGCAGACAGUUUAUGACGUCAGAGUUCACAGGAUUUGAGGGGCAGGAGGCGGGUAACACAAUGACUGUGACGGUGCAGUUGGACGGAGUUGAGUCAACGCUAGAGUUCUUUGACCCUGUGGAGCGUACAAUAUCAUCCGAACAACUUCAAGUAGAUGCAUACAUCGUUGUGUUCUCCAUCACAGACCACGCCUCCUUUUGUGUAGCCAACUCUAUUGUCAGAUACUUGAGGGUGGACUUCGGGACAGACCGCGCAAUAAUCCUGGUUGCAAACAAAAUAGAUCUCGUACGGAAAAGGAAAGUAUCGGCGGACGAAGCCCGACUGUGUGCAGAGAGUUUCGACUGCAAAUAUGCGGAGACUUCAGCAGCACUGAACCAUCACGUGGACGAGCUGUUAGUGGGAAGUCUCAGUCAAAUCCGUCUCAAGUUGAACAUCAGCACGGUGCUGACUCCCGUCGUCAAGGACAACAAAAAGAAAGAGAAGAAGAAGCAUCACAGUUUUGCCCGGAGCAUCCUUAACAAGCUGUUCCGGAGGACCGCCAAAAAGGCACAGUCAUGUGACAAUCUGUAUGCAUUAUGAUUGGCUUGUGUCGUCGUUGGUCUUAAUUAAUCUGCACCUUUGAGUAACCAAUCUGAUGGUGUCAGGGGAGUCGUCACGUCCAUGCAGAGCAAGAUUUCGUGUGACAUUUCCAGGAGGGUACAAUCAGCUGCCUACGAGGCUCACGCUUCUGUCCCACAGACUCCACAGCGGUAACGUAACCUGUAGAAGCGCGGGUUCUGUGGGACAGAAGGUCAUGUAGGUACAGGACCCAACUUCCACAAAUGUCUCUGGGAAUAGAGAGGCUUUAUACUGAGAUGAACGGUUGAAUGUGUAUUCUAUUUAUGAGCAAUAGUUUGGGUUUAGUUGAUAUUUAAUGAAAAUAUAUUCCACACUCUACAGAUUGUGAGACUUGCGUUGGUAGGUUCCAUGCAAAGAAGGAACAAUGUUUAUAUGGCGUGCAAGAAGUUAGAGGUACGAGUAUCAGGUUAUCAGGUCUAUGUAGACGAUAGUUGAUGAUGUGGACAUGCCUUCUUGCUCCUAAUGCGUCUAACAGUACCAUGGACAAUGUCCGGAGUGCACAGAGCCACUGGUCAGUCGUGGGAAGAAUGUUCUGGAACCUGACCCAGCCUGUGGAGGAGUACAGACAGAGAAAACCAGCUGCUUGGUUUAACGCACCACUACAGUCAGCCUGGGAGUGAUUUCACUUACUGACAGGACGCCGGCUUCACGGUAUAUUUAUCUUCCCUGAUCCGAGCCGGGUUUCUCUUGGUACUGCUAAUGGUCAUUGAAGCAUCUGUGAGGCGCUCGAUGACGUCAUGCUAACGUUGUACACCUGUCAACAGUUCAGUGGCGGCGGUAUCUCGGAAACUGUUAAGCAGAUAAUUCCUGGAAUGCCUUUGCCAAAUAUACGUUCAUUGCAGUAACAGGACAACAAACAUGAACAAUGUGCAAGCUGGAUCCCUCUGUCUGUAGUCCGACACGCCACAGUUUACCUCCGGAAUCGUUACACCAAGCUGCCAUAGCUUCCGGCCCUGACAGGACAGGUCGUGACCAUGGCAACCAGGAAAGGCAUUCUAUUUAAUUAUUGCAAACUGUUUCAGUUUUGGAAGAAAUAUCAGUUAUACAUGAGAAUGUUAGUAUAUUGAAGUCUUAUAGUUUUGUUGAUGGUGAUUUCUGUAUGUUUGCUGGCGGACGUUGGUGGACUGAUGUACGCAAUUUAUAGUUAGGUUUAGUUUCCCUUACCUCUGAGGUGGAGCUAGUCGCGCCAGUGUGUUCCACAUCUCCACACGAGAGCACCAUGCUGGUUUGGGUUCAACAUGGCGUUAUCCCUGCAAGCAGGACGCGCCGGCUGCUGUACAUACCCUCACGUCCGCCACUGCUCAUGUGUUUACGCGCUGCACCUGCAAAACGCAUUUUGUCAGUCAAACCCCAAAUUAAACUAAUCAUUCAACCAAUGUGGUGAUGCAGCUCUCCAGCCAGGACCUGACAGAGGCCUGUCCAUGAAGCGACAUGUCCUGCAUGAUGCCUGUCUCUUCUACUGCAGUGUGUACAGCACACAGAGGCCAGCUGCGGGGGAUGUAUAUCUAGCAACAUAUGGCCAUACUGUCAUCACUGUUGAAAUAUUUACUAUAUUUUUGUCUUCCAUGAUGAUAAAUACAUCGUCAUAUUCAUACAAGGUCGAUAUGUUCCUGAUUCCAUAAGAUUUAUGUGCAGGUAUUUAUGAGAUGCUUUAUAUUUUGUGUGUGUAGGUGUUUUAUGCUUAUGGUGUGACAAAACAUGAUAUCAUGGCUGUUAACCGAUGUAACAAAACAUGUUGUCAUGGCUGUUAACCGAUGUAACAAAACAUGUUGUCAUGGCUGUUAACCGAUGUAACAAAACAUGUUGUCAUGGCUGUUAACCGAUGUAACAAAACAUGUUGUCAUGGCUGUUAACCGAUGUAACAAAACAUGAUAUCAUGGCUGUUAACCGAUGUAACAAAACAUGUUGUCAUGGCUGUUAACCGAUGUAACAAAACAUGAUAUCAUGGCUGUUAACCGAUGUAACAAAACAUGUUGUCAUGGCUGUUAACCGAUGUAACAAAACAUGUUGUCAUGGCUGUUAACCGAUGUAACAAAACAUGAUGUCAUGGC